UGCUGGAUGUGAAUAAGCGUCCUCCAGACACACACAUGCGAGCCUGACGAAACAGCAAACAUGCGGACUGUCGUGAUUAUAUGGACGCUGCUUUUAUAUCUGGCUCCUUUGGGCAACACCGCGAAAAAGGCGUUUAAAUGCCCGUCCUCGUGCAGCUGCUCGAAGGAGUCUAUUAUAUGCGUCGGAUCUUCGUAUGUCCCGCGAUACAUCCCCAAUGAUGUCAGCUCACUGAGUAUCGUCAACGGGACCUUCUCUGAGGUCAAAGAGGCGAUGUUUUCACACAUGCCCUCCCUACAGUUACUGUUGCUGAACUCAAAUGCCCUCACAACAGUAAGGGAUGAUGCUUUUUCUGGCCUUCCACACCUGGAGUACCUGUUUAUAGAAAACAACAAGAUUGAGACCACAUCAAAAUACUCCUUCAGAGGACUUCGGGAUUUGACUCACCUGUCGCUGGCGAACAACAACAUUAAAGCUUUGCCCAGAGAGUUAUUCAUCGACCUGGACUCAUUGAUAGAGCUAGAUCUGAGGGGUAACGUGUUUGAGUGCGACUGCCGGGCAAAGUGGCUGAUGAUGUGGCUGAAGAGCACGAACGCCACUGUUUCAGACGUCCUCUGCGCCGGUCCUGAGGAGAUGAAGGGCAAACGGCUCAAUGACAUGGCCAGCUUGCAUAACGAGUGCAUCUCCACAGAUUUCAUUCCCCUCCACUCUGUUCCUACGGAGUCCCUGUCUGUGGACACGUUUUCCCACAAGAAUGAUGUUUACGUAGCCAUCGCUGCUCCCAACGCAGAGAGCUGCAUGGUGCUCCAAUGGGACCACAUCGAGAUGAACUUCAGGACUUACGACAACAUCACAGGUCAGUCCAUUGUUGGCUGCAAAUCUGUGAUCAUCCAGAAUGAGGUCUUCGUCAUCGUCGCCCAACUCUUCGGCGGUUCCCACAUCUACAAGUUCGAUGAGGACCAAAGCAAGUUCUCAAAGUUUCAAGACAUCGAAGUGUCAAAGAUAUCCAAGCCUAACGACAUUGAAGCCUUUCAGAUUGGAAAUGACUGGUUCUUCAUCAUCGCCGACAGCUCGAAGGCUGGUUUGUCUACCUUGUAUAAAUGGAACGACAAGGGUUUUUACUCCUACCAGUCUCUUCAUGAAUGGUUUCGAGACACGGAUGCAGAAUUUGUGAAUUUGGAUGGAAAAGCGCAUCUUAUUCUUGCAAGUCGUUCUCAGGUUCCUGUUAUCUACCAAUGGAGCAGAAGCACGCAGAAGUUCACUUUGCAAGGGGAAAUCCCAAAUAUGGAAGAUGUAGUAGCCGUCAAGGCGUUUUGGAUCAAGGAAGACCUUUAUCUGGCCAUGACCCGAUACAUAGGCGACUCCAAAGUCUUGCAUUGGACGGCUAAGGAGUUCUCCGAGGUCCAGGCCAUUCCUUCAAGAGGAUCCAUGAUCCUGCAGCCGUUUUCCUUCAAGGAGAGAUACUACCUGGCUCUGGGAAGCGACUACACCUUCUCGCAGAUCUAUCUGUGGGAUGCAGAGAAGAAGGUUUUCGAGCGUUUUAAGGAAGUCUACAUCCAGGCCCCUCGAUCCUUCACUGUGGUCUCCACCGACCGGAGGGACUUCAUAUUUGCCUCCAGUUUUAAGGGCAGCACACAGAUCUUUGAGCAUAUCAUUAUUGAUUUGAGCCUUUGAGAGUUCAACUCAGUAACUGCAGGACAAUAUCAGAGUUUAAA